AUGGUACCCCACCAUAGCCCUACUAUAAGUGAUAAGAUAAAUCAUUUUGAGGUUAAUGAAGGUGAAUUAGGAACUGUUGGUACUCUUGUUGAAUGGAGAUUUAACUAUGAUGGAGAAGAGAGAGUGGCAAAGCAAGUUAUUGAUCACAUAGAUGAAGAAAAGAAAAGAAUAACCUUCAAGUUUAUUGAUGGAUAUUUUAUGGAAUUGUAUAAGACACUUAGUACUACUUUGGAUGCUGAAGAGAAUUGGAUAACUUGGACUUUUGAGUAUGAGAAGCAAAAUGAAGAUAUUCCAGAGCCCCUAAUACUAUUGGGAAUUGGCAUUGAUCUCAUCAAAGACAUUGAUUCACACCAUCACAACAAAUGAAUGAUGCAUGGUCUAUUUCCCUGAUUUUAUAUAGUGUUUUUCAUUUUAA